CAAAGUAAAGUGAACAUAUAGGAGCUCUAUAUUAUCCUGUGAAGUAUUUUUGCAUUUGGUUAGCUUGAUGAGUGAAAUCAUCACGACAGGAUUAAUUGUGUUAACGCGAAAAGGAUGGAAUCCAGUAGUUUAUUUAAUUGUGUCUUCAGAGUGAAGGAGGAGCCUAGCGAUGUGUCGCUCAAUGAAAAUGAUCGUGAUAUGAUUGACCAGAAACUCGAUCUGAAAAACUUUCAACCCUUGCCAUUUUCGCCAGUAAAUUCAGCUCAAGCCCUUUCAAAAUGUGACGAAGUGGAAAUAGUUGUUGAGUGCGAAGACGUCAAGCCCAAUAUUAACUUAUUAACAGUUAAAAGAAUUGACGAUGAUUUUCCGCAUCAUUCACGAAUUUUUGGAGACCGCGAAGGUUAUAAAUGUCAAAACGUAUUUAAAACAGAAACAACAGGUGAAGUGGUACAGGAAGUUUUUGGUGACGUUACCGAACAGUUGAAUUUAAAUUUCGAUCGUGAACUUGUCGAACAAAGUAAAAAAAGAAGAAUUAAACAAGGUAUUAAAAAACACAUGGGUGCAGCGCAUAAUGAUCGGAAAUCUUAUUGUGAUAUUUGCGGAAAAACCUUUGCACAAAAAAGUUAUCUCAAAAUACACGUCGAUUCGGUGCACAAUGGUAUUAAAUACACAUGUGAUUUAUGCCAAAAGACAUUCGCAAGAAAAAGUUAUCUCCAAAUGCACGUCGAUUCGAUGCAUAAUGGUAUGGGUCACCCGUGUGGUGUAUGUGGAAAAACAUUUGCACGAAAGGAUAUUGUCAAACUCCACAUCGAUUCGGUGCACAAUGGUAUUAAAAACACAUGUGAUUUAUGCCAAAAGACAUUCACAAGAAAAAGUUAUCUCCAAAUUCACAUCGAUUCGAUGCAUAAUGGUAUCAACUACAAAUGUGAUGAAUGCCAAAACACAUUCUCGUGCAAGCAAUAUCUCAAAAUCCACAUCGAUGCGGUGCAUAAUGAAAUCACUCAUGCAUGUGAUCAACGCGAAAAAAAGCAUGUAACACGAAAAAAUCUUCAUAGGGGCAUUAAAUCAAAGCAUAUCAAACGUUGCAUGUGAUCAAUGCGGAAAAUUAUUUUCAUAAAAUAGUCGUUUUAAAACUCACAUUAAUGUAUCGCACAAUGGUAUCAGUAAUCAAAUAUAAAUGUGACGUGCACGGAAAGAUAUCCUCAACUGAGAGAUAAUCUUAAAAUGCGCAUUAAUUUGUCACACAAUGAUGUAUUAUUUGUGAUAGAGUGAAAAUCUUUAAAAAUUUACAUGUGUUCGAUGCACAAAAGUAUGUUACGAAUGAAAAUUCUGGCGGAAAAAAGUGACUCGUAGAAGAUGCAUCUUAAAACCCUAAUUUAUAUAGUGCGCUCAUUGACACACUACAACUUAAUUCAAGAAUAAAAUUUAGUGUACACUUAUGUGAGAUUCAAUCUGAAACAAUCCGCCAAUACCAUACACUAAAU